AUGGUUUUUUUUCCCCCUCUUCUCAUCCUCAUUCCCUAUCGCUGUUCUCCCACCCUCCCAUGGAAACUUGUCAUGGCAUUGGUAUUUAGCCUGCCUUUUGAAAAAGACACUGCAACCAUAUUCUUUUUAUCUUCUGAUAUUUUAGUUGAAGCUUUUCUGUUGAAUUGUCACCUAUUGUUCCUCUCUCUCUCAUUCUCAUUCUCUCUCUCUCUCCCGUUCUCUCUCUCUCUCCCCGAUAAUAAAUUUUUUUUUCUCUCCCUCCACUCCAUACCCCCUCCCCCCUCAGCUCCCUCGCCCUCUCAUCUCAUAAUUUUGCCUAGUGGUUUAUUUACAUCUCUUUCAUUUUUACUUUUACAUUUUAUUUUUCUCUUUUUCAUGGCUCUUUGUUUUCUUUACUUUUUCUUUUUUCUCACCCUUUUUUAUUUUUUCCCCCCAUAUCCCUGCUCUUCUCCCUCCCUCCCAAUACUUUCCCCUUUGAAAUUAUCCAUUUUCUGCCUCCGACCUUUCUAUCUAUCUAUCCCACUCCUACAUCUCUCCCUCCCUCUUCCUUUUCCAGCUCUCUCUCUCAAUUUCUGGCACCUCUCCCCUCUUCUCCCCCUCUCAUGCUACCUUUUAUCUCCCCCUUUUUUAUUCAUCUUUCCUUUUUUUUUUUUUUUUAUCAAUUUUCUUUUUUUAGCUCAUCUCUCUCACUCACUCUCUCACUUCCUCUUCUUUCUACCUACAAUUUUUUUUCUUAUUCCUGAUCUCUGUUUAUGUCUCUCUCCCUGUUCCCAAGUUACACUGAAAUGUCUCCUUUUCAUUUGCCUCCCUUUCUUUCUUGCACCCCCACCCCAUUGGUCCCUGCCUACCUGGCUAUUUCUCUCUCCUGCUGUUAAGACUGUCUUCUUGUUUAUUCUCAUCUCUUUCUUUUUCUCCUCUCUCAUUUCUUUUUCUUUUUCUCCUCUCUCUCUCAUUUCUUUUUCUCCUCUCUCUCUCAUUUCUUUUCUCCUCUCUCUCUCAUUUCUUUUUCUCCUCUCUCUCUCUCUCUCAUUUCUUUUUCUCCUCUCUCUCUCUCAUUUCUUUUUCACCUCUCUCUCUCUCAUUUCUUUUUCUCCUCUCUCUCUCAUUUCUUUUUCUACUCUCUCUCUCAUUUCUUUUUCUACUCUCUCUCUCAUUUCUUUUCUCUCUCUCUCUCUUUCUUUUCUUUUCUCUCUCUCUCUCUCAUUUCUUUUUCUCCUCUCUCUCUCUCUCAUUUCUUUUUCUCCUCUCUCUCUCUCUCAUUUCUUUUUCUCCUCUCUCUCUCUCUCAUUUCUUUUUCUCCUCUCUCUCUCUCUCUCUCUCAUUUUCUUUUUUCUCUCUCUCUCUCAUUUCUUUUCUCCUUCUCUCUCUCUCUUUCUUUUCUCUCUCUCUCUCUCUCAUUUCUUUUUCUCCUCUCUCUCUCUCUCAUUUCUUUUUCUCCUCUCUCUCUCUCUCUCAUUUCUUUUCUCUCUCUCUCUCUCUCUCAUUUCUUUUUCUCCUCUCUCUCUCUCUCAUUCUUUUUCUCCUCUCUCUCUCUCUCAUCUUUUUCUCCUCUCUCUCUCAUUUCUUUUCUCCUCUCUCUCUCAUUUCUUUCUCUCUCUCUCUCUUUCUUUUUCUCUCUCUCUCUCUCUCUCUCUCUUUUUCUCCUCUCUCUCAUUUCUUUUUCUCCUCUCUCUCUCAUUUCCUUUUCUCCUCUCUCUCUCAUUUCCUUUUCUCCUCUCUCUCUCAUUUCUUUUUCUCCUCUAUCUCUCUCAUUUCUUUUUCUCCUCUCUCUCAUUUCUUUUUCUCCUCUCUCUCUCUCAUUUCUUUUUCUCCUCUCUCUCUCUCAUUUCUUUUUCUCCUCUCUCUCUCUCAUUUCUUGUUCUCCUCUUUCUCUCUCAUUUCUUGUUCUCUCUUUCUCUCUCUCAUUUCUUGUUCUCCUCUUUCUCUCUCUCAUUUCUUGUUCUCCUCUUUCUCUCUCUCAUUUCUUGUUCUCCUCUCUCUCUCUCUCUCAUUUCUUGUUCUCCCUCUCUCUCUCUCUCAUUUCUUGUUCUCCUCUCUCUCUCUCUCAUUUCUUGUUCUCUCUCUCUCUCUCAUUACUUGUUCUCCUCUCUCUCUCUCUUUCUUGUUCUCCUCUCUCUCUCUCUCAUUUCUUGUUCUCCUCUCUCUCUCUCUCAUUUCUUGUUCUCCUCUCUCUCUCUCUCAUUUCUUGUUCUCCUCUCUCUCUCUCAUUUCUUGUUCUCCUCUCUCUCUCUCUCAUUUCUUGUUCUCCUCUCUCUCUCUCUCAUUUCUUGUUCUCCUCUCUCUCUCUCUCAUUCUUGUUCUCAUUUCUUUUCUCUCUCUCUCUCUCUCAUUUCUUUUUCUCUUCUCUCUCUCUCUCAUUUCCUUUUCUCCUCUCUCUCUCAUUUCCUUUUCUCCUCUCUCUCUCAUUUCCUUUUCUCCUCUCUCUCUCAUUUCCUUUUCUCCUCUCUCUCUCAUUUCCUUUUCUCCUCUCUCUCUCAUUUCCUUUUCUCCUCUCUCUCUCAUUUCCUUUUCUCUCUCUCUCUCAUUUCCUUUUCUCCUCUUUCAUUUCCUUUUCUCCUCUUUCAUUUCUUUUUCUCCUCUUUCAUUUCUUUUUCUCCUCUCUCUCAUUUCUUUUUCUCCUCUCUCUCUCUCAUUUCUUUUUCUCCACUCUCUCUCUCAUUUCUUUUUCUCCACUCUCUCUCUCAUUUCUUUUUCUCCACUCUCUCUCUCAUUUCUUUUUCUCCACUCUCUCUCUCAUUUUUUGUUCUCCUCUCUCUCUCAUUUCUUGUUCUCCUCUUUCUCUCUCUCAUUUCUUGUUCUCCUCUCUCUCUCUCUCAUUUCUUGUUCUCCUCUCUCUCUCUCUCAUUUCUUGUUCUCCUUUCUCUCUCAUUUCUUGUUCUCCUCUCUCUCUCUCAUUUCUUGUUCUCAUUUCUUUUUCUCCUCUCUCUCUCUCUCAUUUCUUUUUCUCCUCUCUCUCUCUCUCUCAUUUCUUUUUCUCCUCUCUCUCUCAUUUCCUUUUCUCCUCUCUCUCUCAUUUCCUUUUCUCCUCUCUCUCUCAUUUCCUUUUCUCCUCUCUCUCUCAUUUCCUUUUCUCCUCUCUCUCUCAUUUCCUUUUCUCCUCUCUCUCUCAUUUCUUUUUCUCCUCUCUCAUUUCCUUUUCUCCUCUCUCAUUUCCUUUUCUCCUCUCUCAUUUCUUUUUCCUCUCUCUCUCUCUCUCAUUUCUUUUCUCCUCUCUCUCUCUCUCAUUUCUUUUCUCCUCUCUCUCUCUCAUUUCUUUUCUCCUCUCUCUCUCAUUUCUUUUUCUCCUCUCUCUCUCAUUUCUUUUUCUCCUCUCUCUCUCAUUUCUUGUUCUCCUCUCUCUCUCUCUCAUUUCUUGUUCUCCUCUCUCUCUCUCUCUCAUUUCUUGUUCUCCUCUCUCUCUCUCUCAUUUCUUGUUCUCCUCUCUCUCUCUCUCUCAUUUCUUGUUCUCCUCUCUCUCUCUCUCUCUCUCUCAUUUCUUGUUCUCUUCUCUCUCUCUCUCUCAUUUCUUGUUCUCCUCUCUCUUCUUUCUUUCUCUCUCUCUCCUCUCUUUUUAUCUCUCUCUCUCUCUCCUCUCUUUUUAUCUCUCUCUCUCUCCUCUCUUUUUAUCUCUCUCUCUCUCUCCUCUCUUUUUAUCUCUCUCUCUCUCUCCUCUCUUUUUAUCUCUCUCUCUCUAUUUUCUCUUAUCCCCUUACUUUCUCUCUGAUCUACAGAUAUUGGUAA